AUGACCACAUCUGCUCCAGCAACAAUAUCGAAACCAGGUCCGAGUAUAUUAAAAACUUCUAAAAACAAUCAAACAAUUAAUGGUAAACACAAAACAACCGGACCUGAUAAAAGUCCAAGCAAGCAGCCACUAAUACAAGCUGAAUUAAGAGCAAAUGAUAGUAUUGGAUCCUUCCUAAAUGAGACAUCAAAUCUGUUAAGAAAAUCAGAGGGUGAGGUAAAAAUUACAAAAGUUACUGCCACAAUAAUGUUGCCUACCCCAGCUGUGGAACCAACAGCAAUAGCGUCGAAAGCAACAACUUUUGCAACAACAGCAGUAACUGCAAUGCCUAAAGCGACGUCUACUAAAGAUCAAUUAACUUCGUUUAUGCCAAGUACACCAGCGACAACAAAAAUACUCGCAACAGGUACAUCGAGUAGUGGCAGAGAGCGCAUUUUAACAACAUUUGGGGACCGCAGCCAAACGACAAUUUCUUUAGCAACGACUAUAGCAACAAGUAGAACAGCCCCCACAAUUGCAGCAGAAAACGCAACGAAAACUAUAAAUACUUCCGGCGGAAUGUUGCCACCAUCAAAACCAAUUCCAAUAAAUACCAAUUUUACAACAAUAACAACAUCCACGAAAUCCUCAGCUUACACAACAUUUGGCCCGGCUGCACCAACUGCGACCACUAUAACGCAACCAACUAAAAUAGCACCAACAAAAGUGGUCGAAAUGAAUGUGAAGCCAAUCACAGCUACAAUACAAAAACCAACAACAUUCUCUACCACAUACACAAGCACAUCUACCACAGUUGGAAAUACAAUAACCGGGUCAACGGCGACAUCGACGACAACUGCAACAGCAACAACAAUAGGUCCAAAAUUAAAUGGCAAUAUUAGUGCAUUCACGACUACACAACUAACGGCAAUCGUAUCCACUACAACAGUCUCUAGACCGAUAGCAACUUCUGAUCCGAAAACUGUUGCAUCCACAACAGUUCAAGAAGCAACAGCAAUGAGAACUAGCGCAGCAUCAACACCCGUUAAUAAAGCAGUAAAAUAUAAUGCAGCCUCUAAAAUAGAUACCAAAGUAGCAACAACAGCAGUCACUAAACCAACUAUGGUCUCUUCGUCUGAUAUCACUUCAAAUACAAUUGCUACUACAUCAAACACUACAACAGCACAUAAAACUAUAACAACUACAACAAUUGUACCAACAAAACAUAGCAAACCUACAACUGCAGCGACUACAACAGCUUCAAACACAAUUGCCACCACAAGUAUCGCUACGACUGCAAAAGUAGCAAAUCAGAGCAACAUAGCUACUUCAACACAAGCCACAAAAACGCUUACUACAACAGCAGCAACAGUGAAGCAAGACCUGACCAGCAAGCCAGUCUCAGUAACUUCUUCCACAACCAUCCCAACGAAAUCAGAUAAAAGUACAGUCAUGCCUUCAACGUCAAGCUCAGAUACGAAGCCAACAACAAAAGAAGUCCACACAGCAGUCCAACCAGCAGCAACACAUACUACAUUGCCUAAGACAACGUCCACAUCCACCACAGCACCCAUUGCAAAAGCAACAACAGUUUUAAAACCCACACCAGCAACAGUACCAUCUGCUAUUGGAGCGAAACCAAUCGCCAGUUCCACAGCAAAAUCCACAGUCACAACUACAACUACUGCAACAAAGGCAACCUCUAUUGCUUCCACAUCAAAGAGUGGAACUACAGCACCAGCAGUUCAUUUAACUGGAAGUACACCAAAUACCACAACCAUAACUGCAAACACAGCAACAGCGACAGCGACAGCAACAGUGAAAGCAACAACUACUACAAGACCCACUGACACAAGUACCACAAAAAAAACAACAAAUAUCGGUAAGAAUAAAGCACAAAAAUUAGAACAAAAAGAAUUCACAUCAGCCGAAGCGAAAAAGAUUGUAAAUCAUUAUAAUGAAUUGGUAGAUGCACUGCGCAAACGUAAACGUAUAUGUAAUGAUAUGCUAGAUGCCAUCAUGGAAGGAUAUCCAAAAUCAAAAAAAGCGUUAAUUGAUGACAUUGGUAUAGAAACAGAUGAAGCUGUUGGUUUUGAUAUAAAACAGUAUAAAUAAAAGUAUUAUUUCAAUUGAACUGUAACUAAUUUAAAGAGUCAUGUCUGACAAAUCCUUAAAUAUUG